AUGCUACUGAAGACGAUCUAUGAGGACCCUUGGGGCAUGCGCUGUCUCAGCUUAACAAUUAACCACAUCAACAGUGAAGCAGCCUCAAAGACAGAGCAAAGGUUUUGGCAGAGGUUCUUCUCUGUCACAAUUGAUAGAGACCAGAUUGCUCAAUGGGAAAAGGACUUGGAUCGCGUCAUCGCACUCUUCAAUUUUGAAGCAAUUGUUCGCAUUGCAACAGGUGUGGAGAAGCUCGUUUCGGGACUCAAUACUACUAGUGUUCAUGUUCUAAAGUAUCACCCAACAGAGCCUCCAUCACGGCCUGCCAUGCUGUAUGGCCACGACGGCCUUGUGGCAGAGUUGACAAACCUCGUCAUCAAUGAUGAGCAUUUGGCCUUGAUCAGUCUUGGGGGUAUGGGAAAGAGUUCUGUAGCUAAAGCCAUCAUCAACGAGCCGCUCGUCAUGGAGAAAUUUGCCGAUCAGCGCUUCUUUGCGACAUAUGAUGACCUGGAUCCUUCGACCAUCACAUUCAGAACCUUUAUGACUCGUUUUGCGAGAGCCCUUGGCAUAGAGAUCGCCAGCUCUGAUCCUGUGCACCAAAUAUCUACCUUUCUCCAUUCUGCCAGUGCCCUCGUUGUCCUCGAUAAUGCCGAGACCUUGAAGAGGCCAGUGCACCGUUGUAGAAGGAAUGCACCACACGUGCAAUGGAUUACCAAGGAUAUUCCACCACUGGACUUGAGCUCUGCUCAAGCAGUGUUCUUUCAAAUUUAUCACCACGCCAGUCGUAGCGAAGCCAAAGAAGACAUAAAAGGCCUGUUGGGGGAAUUAGAUUUUCACCCCCUUUCCAUCAACAUACUCGCAAACGCUGCGCAACAAAAUGGUUGGUCUCCAACCAAGCUGCUCAAGAGAUGGAAUGAUCAGCAUAGCAAGCUGUCACUCAGCUCGCCGUCAGUCCAGCAUCUUGGCGAAGAUGGUCUUUGUGUUUUAGCCAUCAUUGCGUUCUUGCCCCAGGGUCUCAACGAGGACCUGGCUAGUGAUUUGUUACCAUCACUUCCGCAAGUUGACGCUAUAUGUGAUGUUUUAUGCAUGCAUCCCUCGUUUAUCGUCAAGAUAAGUUCUUCAAGAUGCUUGCCCCCAUUCGGCAUUACAUGCAAGAUUCAUUGCAAGCACCUGACUCCACGUGUUUGCAAGAGAUAUGUGCCUUCUACUAUCGCACUGUCUACUCCUGUCGGAAGACACACGAUCAGUAUGCUGAUACCAUUAUCUCGGAUCACCUUAACAUUGAGCAACGUAGUUGCUUUCAACCUUGCCAAUAUCCGAAUGACGCAGAAGAGACCUAUAACGCUGCUGGCAAUUUUUGGAAUGUUUGGAGAGACACCUGCCUCGCCCGACUACCCUUAACCCUGCUAUUUCCAACAUCAUUGAGAACUCGUCCACGUGGGCGCUAAAAGCACUUUGCUUGUCAUAUCUCGCACAGCUCUACCAAACGCUUUCUCAGAAUGCUGAAGCAAAUACUGGCCUUUCAAACAGCUGAGGCGCUUUAUCUCACCACCGGUGACCCCGAGGGCAUGGGGAAUUGUCU